AUGCGGGCUAGCCAUCGCUCUGGCCUGUUGCCUUUGCAGCAGAGAGAGAGAGCACACAAAAUCCGGAGUGCGGUCAGAGACAGAAAAGGUUUUUUCCUCAUAUCUUUAACAGUUUCGUGUAGAAAAAUUAUUUUUUUUCAAUUUAAAAAUCUAGGUGGUUUCUGCAAAGCGCGAUUUAUAAAUUUUUAGUUCUCGUGCGUACCAUUCUUGCUGGUAUGAAACUAUUCAUGCCAAAAGUCGCAAAAAGGCGCCACAUUGCUGCCAAAUUUUGCCCUAAAAAUAUCGGCGUUUCAGCAAAGCUCUGGCUGCAGAAUUUUCGUUUUUGCGCUCUAACUUGUGCAAUGCCAACGGAUACGAAAAGCCAUCUAUUUUUGUUUAACCAUCCGCUCAAUGAUUCGAAUGUCUCCUGAACUCAUAUUAAGACAAAUAGUUACCGAUCUGCCUUGUGAUAUCACCCAUUUUGAAGGUUUAUGUCAGCGUGGGUGCACAAAUUCUUUGCAUAAAAUUGAACAAUUAGGAUGACAUGACUAUGUUUUGUGUAAAAACAUGUUGACCUAGCUGCGGCGGGCCGUUAGUACAUGAAAUCAAAGGGGAUAUAUAUAUUUUGCUUCCUGUACGGGACUACAACUCGUUGUGGAUUUGAAGAACAUUCGUUGAGUGUUUUGUUGCGAUAUUUUGUCACCGGUUGAUUUUGUUAUAAUUAACUUUUGAGGGCUUGCUUUAACAGUGAAAACUCCUUUUUCACUGUGGAAUUUAAGCGCAAUGUUUUCAACUCCGUCGCCGCGAUUUUUUGCAGACAUCCCGUGGUUGUCGCCAACGCACGGUAGAUUUUUUCUUUUCGCAAAAGAUUUUAUGUGAGGCCAAAAGAACACAAGUUUUAUGUGGUUUCAGGUCCACUGUGAUGAACUGUAACGCGGCUGUAACAAAAGACUAAUUCGUAAUUGUUGCGUUGAGUAUUUACGACCCUCUAUUGCCUUCUUAGUGACCUUUUUGUGGUAUGGAGGCGUAAUUUUUUAAUCAAAUGAUAUUUUCGUUUGCGCGGUGCCUUAUUUGAAUCGAUCCAACUCAACUUCCUUAAAGCUUUGUACACGAGGGUCCUUGAAUUUUACUUUGUCCAUGCUGUGGUCCUAUUUCUCCCUGGCAUGAAUUAUUCCUACCAAAAUGAAGUGUUUUUAGCACUACACCAUGUUGGAUGACAAGUCCGAGAAAUCGGAGUUGCAAAGCGGCGUCAAAGAAUGUGCUCGAAAUCACAGCAAACUUUUGGCCCUAUCUUUUUUCGGUAGGUUGCAGUUCAGCCGUAUUAUCAUUUGUUGGCUAUCGGUCUGUCUUGAAAAUAAUGAGCACAAAGUCCCUGCGCCAUUCGCGUCUCUGAAGUGAAAAGCAAUUUGAUUUUGCUGCGGCACAAUUCAUUUUCUCAGCGGCGAUGCCAUUUUCGAUGCUACAGAGUACUCAUUAUUUUCCCGACAGAAAACGACACAUGUAAUAGUCAAUUGCUGGGCAAUUUUGCUUACUUUUGAAAUACCAUUAUUUCAGCUUUCCUAGUCUUUGCAAGCUCAGUAAUCUACAUAACCAGCAGCCCUCAAUUUGCCAUAUAUUCAACCUCCUACUUAACCGUCCCCGACAACAAUCCAGUGCCGACCUUAGAGGACUUGAUACAAGACUACGUGGACUCUAUCAAAAUGGAACCUAUCAAUUUGAAGAUUGGAAGUACCCAAUUCAAUUACAAUAUGACCGUUCCGAGGAACAAAAGUGAAUGCGAUGGAGUGGAGAUGGUGGUAUAUUCAAUGACUAUGAACGACAAGGAUUCGUUUCACCGUCGGCAGACAAUACGACAGAUUAUCAGCAAAACGGUGAGUUUAAAAUACGGCGAAUUCGCUUCUUAGGACCUCUGAAAUCGUUUGUUAUAUCAGUCAGUCGGGAAAAUAAUAUGGAUUUUUCGCGGCAAAAUGUUUCGCUUUUUCAGACCAACCGCUCGGUUCUUUUCCGCUUCUUCAUUGGCGACAACAAAAAAGACGAGUUCAUGUCGCUAGCGGCGGAGAUGAUGAAAUACAACGACAUCGUCUACUACGACCACAUCGAGACGUAUCGCGAAAAUUACGUGAAAUGGUACAGCAUGCACGAAUACCACAUGAAAUACUGCCCGAAUGUCAAACACUUUGUGAAAAUGGACGAUGACGUCACGGCGGAUUUUGGACGAGUAUUCGAAUGGCUGGAUGUUGGGUUCGAUGGGUUCACGUCGAAUGGCAGCGAAUACUUUUUGUGUCACGGAAUGUACGGGUAUUAUCCGUUGAGGAACAAGGGGAGUGACUGGUAAGGACUUUUUAGGGCGAAGGAAGUUACAGUAGCCAACGUACAUCUAGUCUGUCGGAAAGAUAAUGAGAACACGUCGCUGUGCCGAUCAAGGAAGAGAAAGCGGUCUGACUUCGCCGCAACACGGUUCAUUUUCUUGGCGGCAAUGCAAUUUCCGCUGCGACAGAGUGCUCAUUCUUUUCCCGAAAGACUGAUUACAAACAAUUUGAAAGUCAUCAGACUAAGGAGUUUCUAUGAAAAACAACUUUUUUCUUCCUUGCAAUUCGUUGUACAGAGAUCUCGGUUUAUCUUUUCUCACUAAAAAUCCCGUUCUAGGUAUGUUCCGGAAUCCGAAUUCCCGGAGCCAAACUGGCCCACCUAUUGCUACGGCUACUUCAUAAUCACCACCAACGACACAGUUAAGCUUAUUUCGGAGACGAUGAAAGACAUGAACUUGGUCCACAUGGACGACGCGUUCAUUACAGGAAUUGUGCGCCGAAAUACGACGAUCCCUCUGCUCAAUUGGCCAGGAAUUUGCUCGGAGCCGGACGAAAUUGAUUACGAAAAGUGCUCGUUAAAUGGGAAGAUACCGACAGUGAUUGCGCUUCACAAUACAAAGGAUCGAAAGGCGACAAAGGAUUGGAUCGAAACGAUCAGGAAAAUCAAUUGCAAUAACACUGAUUUUUUGCAGUUGUAG